UCUGGAAGCUCAUUGCGGUGGCGUUGGUGCUGGCUGCGGAUGCUGGUGCAGUUUCUGCAAGACUGAAUUCCUGGAACCUUGAUAUUUUGGCUGCGUAGAGUCCCUGUUGGUGGACUUUAUUGAUACACUGUACUGAGUCUAAAGGGGACUGGAUUCCUGCUGGUGAUACAUGAUGCAAGCUGUAGUACCCUUGAACAAGAUGACAACCAUCUCCCCAGAUCCUCAAACUCUGGCCUCAAGUGAACAAAACAAGGUCCUAAGAAUGGAUACUCCUGGGGUUCAAGAAACUGUCUUAAGAGGCAACACUGCUGACCCAGAGUUUUUCAGACAGAGAUUCAGGUGGUUUUGUUACUCAGAAGUAGCUGGACCCAGGAAAGCCCUGAAUCAACUCUGGGAGCUCUGCAUUCAGUGGCUGAGACCAGACAUUCACACAAAAGAACAAAUUUUAGAGCUUUUGGUGUUUGAGCAGUUCCUGACCAUUUUGCCUGGGGAGAUGAGGAUUUGGGUAAAGUCACAACAUCCUGAGAGUAGCGAGGAGGUAGUGACCCUAAUAGAGGAUUUGACCCAAGUACUUGAAGAAAAAGAAGAUCCGAUCUCUCAAGAUUCUGUUGUUUCUCAAGAGGAAAACUCGGAAGAAGAUAAAAUGGUUGCUGUUCUUCCAAGUACUGAGUCCUGUGAAUCUGUAACAUUCAAGGAUGUGGCUGUGAGCUUUUCCAGAGGAGAAUGGAGGAAGCUGGAGCCUGUUCAGAAGGAGCUAUAUAAGGAAGUCCUACUGGAAAACUUAAGGAACCUAGAAUUUGUGGGCUUUCCAGUUUCCAAAUUAGAUUUGAUUUCCCAGCUAAAGUGGGUUGAAUUGCCACGGCUGCUGGAAAAAGAAGGCACAAAAGGCUCCAGACCAGAGCGUGAGACUACAGGUGAAUUGGUAUCUGCUCAAAAUCAUGAAGCUCUUUUGGAAGAAUUGACUUUAGAGAAAAUAAUAGAAAGAUGCCUCAGGGAUUAUGAUUAUGGUUUGAUGGGAGGAUUUCGGAAAUAUGGUAGAUCCCAGGAGGAUCACAGCAAUCAGGGAUAUUCAAAAAGAAAGAAAACUCAUGGGAGAGGCAGUAAGAGUAGGGACGUGGACCCAGAAAAGAGCCCCUUUGGAAAGAAUUUCAGAGAAACUUCAGACUUAAUUAAACAUCUGAGAGUCUAUUUAAAGAAGAAAUCUCGGAGGUACAAUGAACACAAGAAACCCUUCAGUUUUCAUUCAGACCUUGUUCUGAACCGCAAAGAACAUGCUGGAGAAAAGUCACGGAAAUCUAACGAAGGUGGGAAAGUCUUAAGUCACUCUUCAUCUCUCACUGAACAGCAGAAACGUCAGAAAAUUCGUUUGGGGGAUAGGUCCCAGAAGUGCAGUAGGUGUGGGAUAAUCUUUAUUCGAAGGUCAACCCUUUCUAAGAAAAAAAUCUCUACAUGUGAAAAAUGUUCAAAAGAUUUAAGCAAAGAUGAGGGAACUGAGACUGGGGAAAAAACCCAUAAGUGUAGUAAAUGUGGAAAAGCCUUUGGUUAUAGUGCCUCACUCACCAAACAUCGGAGAAUUCACACUGGAGAGAAACCUUAUAUGUGUAAUGAAUGUGGAAAAGCUUUCAGUGAUAGUUCAUCACUCACACCCCAUCACAGAACUCAUAGUGGAGAGAAACCCUUCAAAUGUGAUGAUUGUGGAAAAGGUUUCACCCUGAGUGCACACCUAAUUAAACAUCAGAGAAUUCAUACUGGAGAAAAACCCUAUAAAUGUAAAGACUGUGGGAGAGCCUUCAGUGAUAGUUCCUCUCUUAUUCAACAUCAGCGAAUUCAUACUGGAGAAAAACCCUAUACGUGCAACGAUUGUGGAAAAUCCUUCAGUCAUAGCUCAUCCCUUUCCAAACAUCAGAGAAUUCAUACUGGAGAGAAACCUUAUAAAUGUGGUGAAUGUGGAAAAGCCUUUAGACAGAAUUCUUGCCUUACCCGACACCAGAGAAUUCACACUGGAGAAAAACCGUAUUUGUGUAAUGAUUGCGGGAUGACUUUUAGCCAUUUUACAUCUGUCAUUUAUCAUCAACGUCUUCAUUCAGGAGAAAAACCAUACAAAUGUAACCAGUGCGAGAAAGCCUUCCCUACUCAUUCACUCCUUAGCCGUCAUCAGAGAAUUCAUACGGGUGUAAAACCUUAUAAAUGUAAAGAGUGUGGGAAAUCCUUCAGUCAGAGUUCAUCUCUUAAUGAACAUCACCGAAUUCAUACUGGUGAGAAACCCUAUGAAUGUGACUUUUGUGGAGCAACCUUUAGUCGAAGCUCAAUUCUUGUAGAGCAUGUAAAAAUUCAUACCGGAAGGAGAGAAUAUGAAUGUACUGAAUGUGAGAAGACAUUUAAAAGUAAUUCAGGCCUCAUCAGACAUCGGGGAUUUCACUCUGGAGAGUAAUUCCAGGAAUACAGCAAAGAAGGGGGAAAUUUGGUCAAAAUUACCCCUUAUCAAAGACCUAAGAUACAAACUACCGCAACACUGAUCAAUAGUUGCAACUUUGAUGGAUUGGCAACUAGGAACAAUAUUCUUUUUCUUAUUUAUCCCUCUUCAAGGAUGUCACCUGCUGGUAGAUAGUAAUUAGGGUUGGUAAAGUCAUGUGGUAAGUGAAGAAGGUGUUGUGAGAUGUGAAAUGAAAAGCUCUUUUCUUUAUGGGAUUUCCCUCUUGUAGUUUGCCCUUUCACUACCAUGUAGUGUGAUGGAAAGAGAACUUGACUGGAGUCAGAUAACCUGUAACCUGGGUUCUAUCCCAGUUUACCAACCAACUCACUAUAUAACCUUGAACAAAUUAUUUGACCUUUCUGAAUUUUAGUUUCUUUACCAGUAGAAUGAAGGGUUGGGGCUAAUGAUGUCUGAGUUUUCUUUCGUGUCUGAUAUUCACUGAGACUGUGAAAAUAAGUCAGACGUUUUUGAUUCAUUGGAAUUUUCGAGUUUCUCUUAUAGAAAAUUAUUCUUAUUGAGGAUACUUCUAGCUUAGUGAGGACAUAGUGUAUUUUUUGAAUACUUGAUGCAGGAAUCCCUAGAAUGCUAUAACUAGGAACGGAUCAGGGAAGCUCAAACAAGUUUGCCUUCAGGGAAUGUUUUAAUUGGACAAAGCACCCCAACCUCUUUUUCUUUUGGGCAUUGGCUAAGGGGACGGGGAAUCCAGAGAGCUUGCACCUGAGCCAUUUCAGCAUGGGAACUAGACAGUAGAUUGGGGGUGGGGGAAAGGAAACAUGCUGAAAACAGAGCUGUUCUGGAUGGAUUUUCUUUUGCAAAGUAGAAUUCUAUUUUUUUAAAAUUUUGCCCUUAGCAAGUACAGCUUGCUGCGAUUGGAGUUUAAAUAUUCUGUAUGGCAGAGGCCACAAGCUGUCAGAUUGGGUGAGAUUGGGCCCUCAGUCAUAGUUGACCUGUGUGGUGGGAUUUGUCUGUGUGUGUGUGUGUGUGUGCAUGUGCACAUGUGUGCAUGUAUGUACUUGCUACUAUUUAAAAAUUAGGGAAUUUCACAAGAACAGAUUUUGUCUUAAAAUUAUAAGGGCUAGCACAACACCGGGCCCAUAUUUCUGUGGAGGACUCAGCUGGUCCUGGGUAGCACCUGCCACCUGUAAUUGGGGGGUCUACUCUUACUUGCUAAGUUCUCUCAUGUAUAUAUCCUGACUUUCCCACUGUAGGAAUUUGAUAUUAAAAUCCCCUACCAUCUGGAGAAUACAUAUAGGCAAAUCUAAAGAGACCCCCUUGAUAGCAAGUAAAAUGCAGGAAAAGAAUGUAGAAUUGUUACAGAAUAAGUUUUCAGUUAAGUUUUAUGUUGUGAAAUUAGACCUUAAAGGAAUGGAGUAUACGGGUAUUGGUGGAUUAUUCCAUAUAAAUUUUAUUGGUGGAGUCUGAGUAAUAAUUUCUAACUGAAAAAGGAACUAAAGGCCCUGAAUGAGUUAGGUUUGGGUCUUAGGUCAUAGGGUUCUGAAAGAGAUCGACUGACUCAACAGUGGUACAGAAAUAAGUUCCUGAAGUUGAAAUUUGAGGCAGAUUCUACAAGAAUUAAGCCAGAAAACUCUUGGUUUAUGGAUGUUAAGAGAUCCUUAAUGCUGAUCUGAGACUCAGGAACAUUUGCUGUGAUUUAUUGUGUUUAGUUUUGAAAUGCUACCUCUGCAGAAGGUUUUUGGUUUCUUCCUUAUCCCCUUCCCCCAAGCCUACAAUUCAAAUAUUAAUAUGUGAUAAAUUGACCUGCGUAGUUAUUGCUAAGUGGUCCAACCAAACACAUUCUAGUCACGAAAGGACUAGAAUGUGCUUAUGAGAAUCAUUCAUACUGGUUUAAGGUUUUUGUUUCUGAAAAGGUAAUUUAUAGAAAGAAUUAAAUAUGUAAAACUCUUCUCUUGAAGAGGCUUUUACUAAUUAGAUUCCUCAACGUUUAUAAGAGGAUAUUUGAUCCCAAUAUCAGCUGGGAAUCUACAGCAUAAAACUUUUUUACAACUUUAUUGAGGUAUAUAAAUUAUGUAUCAUAAAAACCAUUUAAAGUGUACAAUCCCGUGAGUUUUAGUAAGUUUACUGUGCUGCACAACCAUAACCAUAAUCUUGUUUUAGAACAUCACCCCAAGUCCUUUAUCCAGUAUGGUCUUUCUGAAUACCAUGUACUAGCUACAGAGGUCAACCCAAACACUGCUGCACAGUAUUUAUCAAAAACUUGUUUUUAGUUAUUAA